CAUACAGCUGAUGUGUAUUAUUAUUAUUUACAUUGGCACUGUUGUCAUCAUCAUCAUCAUCAUCAUAUUAUGUACCUUCUUGAUAUGUAUUUGCAAAAAUAUAUAAUUUACUUAAAAAGUGAUUAAUUGUGCAAUUAAAUGAAAUUGGAUAUUAUUAAAAUGACCACAGAUGUUUGUGACCACCAAAUUAUAUUUUUUAUUUUUUUUUCAACAUAGAUAACAACAAUCAUCAAUUAUUUUCAUGUGAAAGUGAUUAUUAGCCAAUACAAUUAUUACAUUUAAUAAGACAACAAAAUUUAAUUGGUGAUGGUUUUUACUAUUAAUAAUAAGUAAAUUAUAUAAUAAAAAAAUGAAGUCAACAUAUUGCAUUCUGCUUGCUGGUGUCUGCUUGCCCUUUAUUGCUCUCGAUAUUUGGCACACAGGAAUAUUUUUAUUAUGGAUUAUGAAAAUAAUAAUAGUUUGUUAUUUAAUAAUAUUUGGAAUACUACCACUUGUAUUUCACUAUUCAUAUACAAUACAAAAAAAAAUUUUAUUUCUUAAUUUUGUAUAUUGGCCUGUCAAUGUUGAAUUUGACAAACCCGAAAUACUCAAUGUUCAAGGAGCUAGAAAUUUUUAUUUACAUACAAAUGAAAAUGUUAAAAUUGGCCUUUGGCAAUUAUUACCAGAGUCAUUAAUAAAUGACAACAAUAGCACCAAUAAUAUUACUGAUGAAUAUUUUGAUAACGUUUUAAAAAAUACUAAAAAACCAGUUAUACUUUAUAUGCAUGGUAAUAGUGGUAAUAGAGCAAGCAGUCACAGAAUUGAAUUAUACAAAUUAUUUCAAAAACUUGAUUAUCAUGUAAUAACAUUUGACUAUCGAAGCUAUGGUGAUAGUGAUGCAGCAGAUUUAUCAGAAAGUGGAGUUGUUUAUGAUAGUACACAUGUAUUUAAAUGGCUAUACAAUAUUGUUGAUAAUUCAAAUUUAAUAUUUGUAUGGGGACAUUCACUUGGUACUGGUGUAUCAUCUCAUACAUUGGCUAAAAUUGCAAUUGACAAUGAUAUACAUCCAGCUGGUCUUUUUUUAGAAUCACCAUUUAAUAAUAUUGCUGAUGAAUUACGACAACAUCCAUUUGCUCAAAUAUUUAAACAUUUACCAUGGUUUGAGUGGCUUAUUGUUUCACCAUAUUAUCAUAAUCAUUUGAGAUUUGAAUCUGACAAACACAUUGGUAACAUAAAAUGUUCAAUCAUGAUAAUGCAUGCUGAAGAUGACAGAGUUAUACCAUUUGCACUUGGUGAAAAGUUGUUUAAAGCUGCUUUAAAAUUACAUAAUAAUGAUACUAAAAAAAUACAAAUGACAAGAAUAAGUGGUAAACUUGGAUUUGGUCACAAGUACAUUUGUCGAUAUGAUUUAUUGCCGAGUAUUAUCGAAAAAUUUGUUUCCGAAGUAACAUCAAGUAAAUAAAUCAAAUAAUAAACAAGAUAUAUUUAUGUACAAAUUUUUUUAACAUCAUCUAAUAUAAAAAUCAAAUUGUUUUGCUGACUCUAUUUCAUAAUUA